GCAUCACGCGUCGUGCUUGCUAUGCUGUCACAUGCUCCUCGCCAAGGUGCCGUCGACUUGGGAACAUCCACCACAGCCCCUAGAGACGCCUUGUACGGGGAUUUCCCGGGAACCUAUAUAAACUGGCGUUAUCAAAGAACCUUUUCAUAGCUUCCAUGUUUUCCCCAGCUCGGCAACGAACAGUCUGACAGGGAAAGAGGGGCACGGCACGCCAGAGGACACGAAAAAAAAAAACAGAGACCUGGGUUCGGCAGGCGCGCGCGGAUGGCAACAACACCGCAGCGUCUCACAGCCGAAACAGCCAGGUAACACGAAGCGGGAAAAAAAAAGGGAGACGGGAUACAAUGAUGCCCAACCCCAAACCGCCAUCCCCCACAACCGAAGGCGCGAGCAACAGCAUCAACACCGCGGCGGGCGGCAACGGGCCCGAUGAGAAGCCGCGCCUGACGGAGGAGGAGAAGAAGCAGAACCACAUCGCCUCCGAACAAAAGCGCCGCCAAGCCAUCCGCGAAGGGUUCGACCGCCUGACGGAGCUCGUGCCUGGGCUCGAGGGGCAGGGCCGCUCCGAGGGCAUCGUGCUCAAGAGGACGGUGGACUUUAUGCGCGACCAGCUAGAGGAGCGGCGCCGGCUGGUGCAGGCGAUUGAGGAAAGAGGGGGCCAUGUGGACGACUCUGUCAAAAAGCCACUUUUGCAGUACGCCAUCAACACCCAGAAUAAGCUGCGGUGAAACGGUUGCGGAACAAAAUUACGGCUCGGCUCGAAAUCCGAACGACAUCUACGACACUCUCCCUGACUUACUCUAGCCGCGGCUCUCCCGGGAAGCACUCUCGCUUCCAAGUCCUCUUACGCUAGUGUAAAACUAGAGACACAUGGGCAAGGUGGUUUUUGCUGCGACGGAAGCGUCGAGUACCGUUGAGCUCGAUAGGGAGGGUAGAUCAAUCGUUGCCAUCUUGGCUAUUCGUACGAGUCUACUGUAUGCCUGAGGAUCUGGCACAGGUCUGCUGCCUUGAGUUUUAUCGGACUUUUGCCCUCCUGCUUGACCAGGGACGACCCGUCAGGGAGUAUUGGGUUGGGUAUGCCCUUGAAUUCGACGGGGAGAAGGUCUGACUCGACUUCUUGAGCCCCGACCGUGAUUAUAGCACCGUAACCCUUGGACUUGGCCUCCCUGACCUUGAGCCCAAUCGACCG